GACAGAGCGACGACGAUGCGCGACGAGGACCAUCGGGGAGGGAGGAGGAAGCGCGACAGAUAAAGGGAGAAAGAGAGGGAAUAAGAGAAAGAGAGACAGACAGCGGGUCGGCAGUUCUUGAAGCAAUUGGUGGUAGCCGGGAGAUGCGCGUGGACUCGGACGAGUAGCGGCACCGCCAGCACCGCGCACAGAGGAUCCCAGGACCGCACCCGCCCGCAGGCAGCAGGCCGGCGUCGCGAGUACCGCACCUGCAGGUGCAACCUCCGCCAGCUGGACAGCAGCUCCCGUCCGCCAGCGGACUGUCCGCCGAGUCCUAGACGCCGAACACGCCCUUCGCAGCCGCACCGUCACCUACCGCGGCCCGCGUCACUGCAGCUGCGCGACGCCAUGGCGGCCGAGGGCAUCCUGGUGUACUGGCGCUCCCUGGUGGUCAUCCUCACGCCCCUGAUCCUCCUGCCGCUGCCCCUCGUGUACCCGGGCAGCACGGAGGCGCGCGCGGCGUACGGCGUGCUGCUGCUGGCCGUGUUCUGGGUCACGGAGGUCGUGCCGCUGCCCGUCACCUCGCUGCUGCCCGUCGUGCUCUUCCCCGUCCUGGGCGUGCUCUCCACCGAGCAGGUGUGCGUCACCUACCUCAAGGAGACCAACAUGAUGUUCAUCGGCGGCCUGAUCGUGGCCAUCGCCGUGGAGCACUGCAACCUGCACAAGCGCAUCGCGCUGCGGGUCAUGAUGCUGAUCGGGGCCAGCCCCCGGCGCCUCAUGCUCGGCUUCAUGAUCCCCACCAUGUUCCUGUCCAUGUGGAUCUCCAACACGGCCACCACCGCCAUGAUGGUGCCCAUCGUGUCCGCCGUGCUGGACGAGCUGAAAGCGCAAGAAGUGGACAAUUCCCGCCGGCCGUCCGUCCUGAGCGGGGCGACCAGCAGGCACGACAGCGGGACCUUCGAUCAGGAGACGAGACGCAAGUCCCUGGCCCGGGUGGAGAUGGAGGCGCCGCUGCCGCGGGCCGCCAGGACCAACGGCGGCGCGCUCCCAGUUGGAACUCCCGCGCCGCGUGUCCAGGACGCCGAUGACGCCGAUGACGGGGAAAAGACCAAGCUUCCACGGCCCAACCAGGAGUCGGUGGCCUACUACUUGGGCGUAGCGUACGCGGCCAACAUCGGCGGCACGGGGACUCUCACCGGCACUGCCACCAACCUCACCUUCAAGGGGCUGUACGAGAGCUUGUUCCCGAGCCUCCAUGGACUGAACUUCGCAAACUGGAUGCUGUUCAACGUACCCCUAAUGUUGAUCAACGCCAUCGUCGCCUGGCUGUGGCUGCAGGUGCUCUUCAUGGGGUUGUUCAGGAAAUCAAGUGGCAUACAGAAGCAGACCAAGGAGCAGCUGAAGGCCGUGGAAGAGGUGAUCGCGACCAAGUACCGCGAGCUCGGCGUCAUGACCUUCCACGAGGGCUCCGUGAUGUUCCUCUUCCUCUCCGUCGUGGUCCUCUGGUUCUUCCGCGCGCCCGAGUUCAUCCCCGGCUGGGCAGAAUACGUCUCCGAUGUGAAAAUUAAGGACGCGACACCCGCCGUGCUCAUCGUGUUCCUGCUGUUUGUCCUUCCGGCCAACCUCGACUUUCUCAGGAGAGACGGUCCCCGCAAGGCGUCGCCGGCGCUCCUCAACUGGAAGAUCAUCCACGAGAAGCUGCCCUGGGGCCUGGUGCUGCUGAUCGGCGGCGGCUUCGCGAUGGCGGCCGCCUCCCGGGAGUCGGGCCUGUCCAAGCUCAUCGGCGCGCAGCUCGUCACGCUGCAGGACUCGAUGGGCUCCACCGCCAUCCUGGUCAUCAUGUGCACGGCCACCACCUUCCUCACCGAGGUGUCCUCCAACACGGCCAUCGCCAACAUCGUGCUGCCCGUCCUGGCCGAGAUGGCGUCCGCCAUGCGCGUGCACCCGCUCUUCUUCAUGAUGCCGGCGACGCUGUGCUGCUCGUACGCCUUCAUGCUGCCCGUGGCCACGCCGCCCAACGCCAUCGUCAUGGCCGCCUCCAACAUGCGGCCGGGAGACAUGAUCAAGGCCGGACUCGGGAUGAACUUCCUGUGCCUCAUCACGCUCUUCAUCAUGUUCCCCACGCUCGCCUCGUGGCUCUACGGCCUGGACGUGUUCCCCCCGGAGGCGGCGCACAUCGGCACGCAGAGUAGGCUCUGAGGGAGAUAGGGGUGGGUAUGGGUGUCGGCGUCGGCGUCGGCUCCAGGGGAAGAUGGGGUGGGGGUGGGGGGGAAUCCUUGUAUACUCUAGUCUUGUCCGUCAUAUGAGCAUGCGCAAAUGCAAAGUGUGGGGCGGAAUAUGCUCUCUAAUGUGGUAAGAGAGUCGAUGUAAAUUUAUGAGGUGAUGAGGGGGUUCGGUGGGGCGAGCAUCUGCGUUUAAAAUUCACUUCUACGUGUAUUGAGUUCCUAGUUUCAGUAAUUACUGGAAUUUUAUGGAUUGAAGCACGUGAAUAAACCAAAGAACAGAGAGUAAUUUAAGUUAGAAAUAAUUUAUUAUUCUCUAUAAAAAAUACCAAUAGGCUUAUAUUUAACAUGGCGGGGAGUCAUCCAAGUAUACGAUACGUACAUCACAGUAAAAAUUGGUGUACAUUAAACACUUCUUAAGCAA